AUGGAUGCAGAGAUGGCUUCCUGGAAGUCCACAGGCACCUACGUUGACGCACUUCCCCCGCCUGGGGCGAACAUCGUCAGUGGCAUGUGGAUCUUCAGGGUGAAGCGGCCGCCAGGUUCUCCACCUGUCUUCAAGGCGCGGUACGUGGCUCGUGGCUUCAUCUACGGUCUCCGCCAGGCACCGCGUGAGUGGCACGACACAGUGAGGACUACACUUGCGGCUCUUGGGUUUGCUCCCUCUACUGCCGACCUGUCGCUGUUUCUGCGCACCGACACUUCUUUGCCGCCGUUCUACAUCCUCGUGUACGUCGACGACUUGGUCUUUGCCACUGCUGACACUGCUGGACUCGCCCACGUGAAUUCCGAGCUGCAGAAGAGACACACGUGCACAGACCUAGGUGAACUGCGCAGCUACCUUGGCUUGCAGAUCACCCGGGACAGAGCACGUCGCACCAUUACCCUGACUCAGUCACACAUGGUGCAGCAGGUCCUUCAGCGCUUCGGCUUCACGUACUCCUCGCCUCAGGCCACUCCUCUGCCUACUCGCCACUCGCUCUCAGCUCUGCCUUCGGAUGAGUCCGUAGAGUCGAGUGGCCCGUACCCAGAGCUUGUUGGCUGCCUCAUGUACCUGAUGACCUGCACUCGACCUGACCUUGCAUACCCUCUUAGCAUUCUCGCGCGCUAUGUUGCUCCUGGGAGACACAGACCGGAGCACAUGGCCGCAGCGAAGAGGGUGUUGCGCUACUUGUGCAGUACGUCGGGCAUGGGGCUUGUGCUUGGAGGGCAGAGUCCAGUGGUCCUCACUGGGCACGCAGACGCUUCUUGGGCUGACGACCAGGCUACGCAGCGGUCGUCACAGGGUUACACCUUCAGCCUUGGUUCCGGCUCUGUUUCGUGGCGGGCUACUCGCUCGUCUUCUGUUCUCGGCUCCAGUUGUGAGGCUGAGAUCUACGCCGGGGCCAUGGCUGCUCAGGAGCUUCGCUGGCUCACCUACCUGCUGACUGACCUCGGAGAGCCGCCUCGUUCUCCUCCAGUGCUGUACGUAGACAACAAGGCCAUGCUGGCCUUGUGUCGAGAGCAGAGACUGGAGCACAGAACGAAGCACAUUGCUCUUCGCUACUUCCUUGCUCGUGAGCUGCAGCAGCGUGGUCAGCUGCGUCUUGCGUACGUGGCCUCUGAGGCCAACACUGCUGAUAUCUUCACCAAGGCGCUUGCGCCUUGUGAUCAUCAGCGCUUCUGUACUCAGCUGGGUCUUGUACCUGCCUUGCCUCACUUGCUCACCUCUUGA